AUGGGCUGGGGUCGGGGUCUUGUGAAGCUGUCUCCCUCCGUCAGACUCCCCGGCCUCGCCCAACAAAGACGAAACCUUAGCAUCCACGAGUACCUGUCGGCCGACCUCCUCCGCCAGUAUGGCAUCGGCGUUCCCAAGGGCUCCGUCGCAAAGACGGCUGCCGAGGCUGAGGCUGUGGCAAAGGAGAUUGGCGGCGAGGAUAUGGUCAUCAAGGCGCAGGUCCUCGCAGGCGGCCGAGGAAAGGGCUCGUUCGACAACGGCCUCAAGGGCGGUGUUCGUGUCAUCUACUCGCCCACCGAGGCCAAGAUGUUUGCCGAGCAGAUGAUUGGUCACAAGCUCAUCACCAAGCAGACGGGCGCCGGCGGCAGGCUCUGCAACUCGGUCUACAUUUGCGAGCGCAAGUUUGCCCGCCGCGAGUUCUAUCUGGCCGUCCUGAUGGACCGUGCGUCCCAGGGCCCCGUCAUUGUCUCGUCCUCUCAGGGCGGCAUGGACAUCGAGGGCGUCGCCAAGGAGAACCCCGAUGCCAUUAACACCCACUACAUCGACAUCAACGUCGGCGUCACCGACGACAUCGCCCGCGACAUCGCCACCAAGCUGGGCUUCAGCGAGCAGUGCAUCGAGGAGGCCAAGGACACCAUCCAGAAGCUGUACAAGAUCUUCUCCGAGAAGGACUCGACCCAGAUCGAGAUCAACCCCCUGUCCGAGACCUCGGACCACAAGGUCAUGUGCAUGGACGCCAAGUUUGGCUUCGACGACAACGCCGACUUCAGACAGAAGGAGGUCUUUGAGUGGCGCGACACCACCCAGGAGGACCCCGACGAGGUCCGCGCUGCCCAGUCCGGCCUGAACUUCAUCAAGCUGGACGGUGACAUCGGCUGCCUCGUCAACGGUGCCGGCCUGGCCAUGGCCACCAUGGACAUCAUCAAGCUGAACGGCGGCCAGCCCGCCAACUUCCUCGACGUCGGUGGUGGUGCCACCCCGGCCGCCAUCAAGGAGGCCUUUGAGCUGAUCACCAGCGACCCCAAGGUCACUGCCAUCUUUGUCAACAUCUUUGGCGGUAUCGUGCGUUGCGAUGCUAUUGCCCACGGUCUCAUCAACACCGUCAAGGCCCUCGACCUGAAGAUCCCCAUCAUUGCCCGUCUCCAGGGCACCAACAUGGAGCAGGCUCACGCUCUUAUCAACGACUCCGGCAUGAAGAUCUUCUCCAUCGAUGACCUGCAGAGCGCUGCCGAGAGGUCUGUGCAGCUCUCCAAGGUUGUCAAGAUGGCGCGGGAUAUCGAUGUCGGCGUUGAGUUCUCUCUGGGGAUCUAA